CUCUGCUCGGGUUGAGCUUUCUGUCCCAGCAUGCUCUGGCCACAGAACCCACCGACGUCACCAGCGCUGCGAAUAACACAACCACCCAGACCGGGAAGACCACUCUAUCCUUGUCAAUGGGGUGCUCAUUGUCACAUGAGCCUUGCCACUCCACUCCUGGCCUUGGGUACACCCACCUGAGGACAGAGAGGGGAGACCACUGUGCCCCCUGGAUCCUGCUGAUGCUGACAUUUGGGGCACCAAGCGCAAGCAUCCUAAAUACAGGUGCCUCGCGGCUGGGAUUGUCUCCACAGUCUGUGGCAAGACCCAAUUCCAAGGGAAGAUCUAUGGUGGACAGAUUGCAGGGGCCCAGCGGUGGCCGUGGCAGGCCAGUCUGCGCUUAUACGGCAGGCACAUCUGUGGAGCGGUUCUCAUCGACAAAAACUGGGUAGCCAGUGCUGCCCACUGCUUCCAAAUGUCUCGAAACCCAGGGGACUACCAAAUCAUGCUAGGGUACACCAAACUGAACAGUCCCACCAGGUAUAGCAGGAAGAUGUCAGUGAAGAAACUCAUCGUUCACAAGGACUACAACAAAUUCUACCCCCAAGGAAGUGACAUUGUCCUGCUGCAGCUGCAUUCAUCUGUGGAGUACAGCUCCCACAUCCUCCCCGCCUGUGUCCCCAAUAAAAACAUAACGAUCCCCAAAGAGAAGGCCUGCUGGACAAGUGGCUGGGGGAAUCUCAGAGAGGAUGUGCGACUUCCUUUGCCUAAUGACCUGUAUGAAGCCGAGCUUAUCAUCAUGAGCAAUGACGACUGCAAAGGAUUCUUCCCACCACCAGUCCCGGGAUCCUCUAAAACCUACUACAUAUACGAUGACAUGGUGUGCGCUGCUGACUACAGCCUGACAAAAUCCAUCUGCUCAGGAGAUUCUGGGGGUCCCCUCGUCUGCCUACUGGAAGGCUCCUGGUACGUAGUAGGGCUGACCAGCUGGAGCUCAUCAUGUGAAGACCCAAUAUCCAGCCCCAGUGUCUUCGCUAGGGUCUCCUACUUUGACAAGUGGAUUAGUGAUAACAAGAAAGCAUCAGGUGACUCAAAGCCAGGGGAGUCCUAUAGGCCCCCUCACCAUCAGAGACCCCCGAAUAAUCCAGGAUCCCCUGAGAAUGAAAAUCCCGAGGACAAUAACGAAAACCAAGAUGCUAUCACCAAGCUGACAGUCUGCCCAGUCCUGCUGCUCUCUCAGCUCCUCCUACAACAGUUGAUUUAAAUCAGGAGUCCAUGAUGGAGCCACAAGGCCUUGGACAGCCAGUAUGUCCUGUGAGCCGCCUCACCGGGCACUGUCUUCCACACCUCAAUCUGUGGGCUCCCCUGUCCAUCUGAGGCCAUGCUUGCCCUGGGCCAGGCAAAACAAAGAAUGAACAAUAAAGCUAAAAGGUAAAGAAA